AUGACAACAUAUGGUUCAACAGCAGAUCUCGAAUUCUUUUCAAUUAUUCGAAUUAUGCGUUUAUUUAAACUUACCCAACAUUCUAGUGGCCUCAAAAUUCUCAUGCAUACCUUCAGGGCAAGUGCUAAAGAAUUGAUGUUAUUGGUAUUUUUCCUUGCUCUUGGUAUUGUAUUAUUUGCAUCAUUAGUUUAUUAUGCGGAACGGAUUGAAAUAAAUCCGGAAAAUCAAUUCCAAAGUAUUCCAUUGGGUUUAUGGUGGGCUAUAGUGACAAUGACAACAGUUGGUUAUGGUGACAUGGCACCGCAUACAUAUUUGGGACGUAUUAUUGGUUCAGUAUGCGCACUUGCCGGUGUUUUAACUAUUGCAUUACCUGUCCCUGUAAUUGUUAGCAAUUUUGCUUUAUUUUAUUCUCAUACACAAGCUCGUUCUAAAUUACCCAAAAAACGUCGUGGUGUUUUAAGUAUUGAUCAAGUAAAACAACAACCAAUCAUGACACAAAAACGUGUUCAGGUGCUUCGUGAAACACAAUUAGCUAAAGAACCAUUAAUGGCAAAACAUAAUGGUCCACAAGAAACAACAACAAAUUAA